AUGGAUCAACCGCCUCUCGCACGACAACAAGCAGAGACCCCACUCCCCCCAGUGGACCGCCCGCAAGCGGGGAAUGCGCUGGACGUACUCGGCCCCGGAGAAGCGCCUCGACACUCACGGAAAAGAAGAGCUUCGGAAGAUGACGACUCUGAUGGCCUGGAAUGUCCGCGAGACGCCAAAAUCCGCUGUGCCCGUGACCAAUCAGACGUUGAACAUCCGGCGAAAGACCCUUCAACUCCACUCCCGAACGAUCUCCACCAAGACCGUGACACCGACGCUGCGUGGAUUCAGAACGAACUAGACAAGAUCACGUCCUCGAGACAGAAAUCAAGUGACUUCCUGGACCUGGAUGACUUCCUGGACCUCCACGGCACCCCAGAUUUCAGUGAUACCGACAACGAGUCGAUCUUCAGCCGUACGACAGAAUCAACCGAGGCUGCCGAGGAUGAUAUCCCGUUUCGCGAGGCGUACUUUCUGUACCUAGAAUCCUUUGCGCGGCAUGCGUCACCGGGUGGGCCAGGGAUCCCAGAAAACUUUGACCUUGGCGUGUACCUACAAGACGACUGGGAGUGA